AUGGCAGAAACUCGCGGUAAUUUCCGCGGUGGAUUCGGCAGGGGAGGGUCCCGUGGCAGAGGACGUGGACGCGGUCGUGGCCGUGGAAGAGGCAAGGAAGCCGAAAAGGAAUGGGUGCCAGUCACCAAGCUUGGCCGUCUGGUGAAGGAUGGCAAAAUCUCAUCUUUGGAAGAGAUUUACUUGUUCUCGUUGCCGAUCAAGGAAUUCGAAAUCAUUGACUUCUUCAUUGGGUCUUCGCUUAACGAUGAAGUUUUGAAAAUCAUGCCCGUCCAAAAACAGACACGUGCAGGUCAACGUACCAGAUUUAAGGCUUUUGUCGCUAUUGGUGACUCCAACGGACACAUUGGGUUGGGUGUUAAGUGCUCUAAAGAGGUAGCAACAGCCAUUCGAGGUGCUAUUAUUUUGGCUAAAUUGUCAGUAGUUCCUGUACGACGAGGCUACUGGGGAAACAAAAUUGGAAAACCACACACAGUACCCUGCAAAGUCACAGGAAAGUGUGGAUCGGUUGCUGUACGUUUGAUCCCAGCUCCAAGAGGAACUGGAAUUGUCAGUGCCCCUGUUCCAAAAAAACUGUUGACUAUGGCUGGAAUUGAAGAUUGUUACACUUCUGCCCGUGGUUCCACUGGUACUCUUGGCAAUUUCGCCAAGGCUACAUACGCUGCUAUUGCUAAGACGUACGCUUAUUUGACACCCGAUUUGUGGAAGGAUGUACCACUCAAAAAGACCCCAUACUCAGAGUUUGCUGACCAUCUUUCAAAAUGUCACAAAGUUGCCCAGAACGUCAGGGCAGAUGUUUAA